ACGUUGCCGCUGACAGGCGCGAGCUUUAUGUUUUUGCCCUGAGGAUGGCGGCUGGUCGAGGCGAGUUUUUCCGCAGUUUUCAGGAGGGUUUACAGCGGCUGCCUGUCCAACCAGCCCCGGGGAGGCAGCAGCCGAGCCGCGGCAGAGGAAGGCCCUCUGCGGGCCCGGAGAGGGGACGGGCGGGCUCCGGGAGAAGGAAGAAGCGAGUCGAACAGAGUUCGGUCCACUGGACGGAAAGCUACAAACCCAGAAAUGCGAAGGUGUGCUUUCCUUUUAGAACACUUCCAGCUUCAACAGAAAACUUUAUAGAAAGGAACAUGAAUGUGAGCUGGGAGCUGACCGUGUCCAGCUGCACAGGAUGGGAGACCACCGAGGAGCAGAGCCGGGCACAUUUCUUCGAGACCUCUGUGAUCCUCAGCUGGAGCCAGGGCUUCAUCGUCAAAUAUCGCCACCUCAGCAGCAUCCAGCUGUAYGGAGUCAGAAAGGAGACCUCCAGGAGUCUCAAGACCAGGAAGCCCAGCUGGCGCUCUCAGAUUUUAAACCUCAACAUAAAAACGUCUCCGUUUCGCCACAUCAGCAAAGACAGCCUGAUAACGGUUCUGCUUUUCAAGCCGGGCAUCAUCAUCGGCAUGUGGAGGGGUCAGGACCAGGUGGCCUUCAUCAUGAUCAGCCUGCACUUCCAUAAACUGGUGGAGAGAAGUCUGCUGGGCUCUCCAGUCUGCCCGUACUCACAGCCCGCAGACCCUCCACCUGCUGGAGACUCGGACCCAGAGCUGGGUCUUCAUGGCUACACUUUGCACUUCGUCCUGCACAGCACCGGGACUGAGAUCAUGUCAGGACGCUUCCGCCAGCUGUCCUGUCUCAAAGGUCGUGUCUUUUCUGGACUCCUGGUGAUGAGGGUCAUCAACAGGACGGACUUGUCCCAGCACAGGUCCCUCUCUGGAAGCAUGAGGCUGCCCUGGAGGAGCUGCGAACUGGAAGGAACCGUGGAGAACUGCUGCGUCAUGAGUCUGACCCUGCUGGACGUCUUCCAGAAGCCCUUCUGGUGCAUCAGCACGCCCGUCUACAUCUGCCUGAAGAACCCGGCCCAGUCCUUGGACUACAGCGGCAGGGACUUCCUGAUGGAGCACCAGGACCCGGAGGGUCGGGUCACCAUGAGGCUGGUCUGGUUGGAGGAGCAGAAGCAGUUCUUCCUCAUCAGCCUGACCGUCUUCAUCUCUGCAGCUAAAAUCAACCAGCACUUCAGACGAGCCUACUGAACCUGGACCUGGACCUGGACCUGGACUCAGCCUGGUGCUGGUCUCCAGUUCAGUCAAGGUUUGAUUGAUUCAUUUAGUUCCUUUAGCUCGAUCUGUAAAAACUGUUUAAAGGUUGAGUUCUCAAAUGAUUAAAUUAAGUGAAAAGUUUUGUUUGAAAUAAGGACAGUAUGUUCCACUCUUUGUUAAAGUAAAUACACUUAAUAACAUGUUAAUUAUUGUUUAAAUAAACGUUCACUUCAGU